AUGAGAGAUAUUAAUACCAUGUUCCAACUCGCUAUGUUGGCAGCUCUUAUGGCCAUGGCGAAUACGAACCAGGAUCCGAAGCCACAUGUCAUUGAUCCUUUCAUCAUCAUCAUUCAGGUCGUUGGAAGUGCCUCCACAAUAACCAACAAAGCCACCCAUAAAUCCGAAUGGAAAGGGACCUCCUGGGGCGGAAUGAUUCGAUUUUUUGUCUACUGGGCAGUCUCCUGCUACGCCGUAUGGUUCUGGUUCCUUGGAAUCAAUAAAUUCGCCGCGCUCCCUAAUGCGACCUGUGACCCCAUCGGCUUCGCAUUCAGCAAGCAGCCUCUCUUUGAGGGUUGGUUUCGCACAGCCAACAAAGCCAUCGCCUGCUUCUUUGCGUUCAUAUACACCAUCCUCUUCGGAUACAGUGCAUGGAACUUCGGCCCAGAAUACCUGCGUAAUACACGGGCAAAAUUCAGCACUUUGUACCACUCUGUUCCGCGCCAGGCACCCCUAGAACCACAGUCAAAGGCCGAGAAGGGCAUUGAUGAAAUCAUGGAAGUUGCAGCCGAGUCGGCGGAUAGGUUGAAUAAGUGGACACCAGCAAUGUGUAUUAUAUUGCUGUUUAUGUCAGUUGUGUCAGUGGAGUGUGUAAUCAUGUGGAAUGAGGUGCAUGGAGUGAAUGAUAUGUUUUCAACUGGGCAAUUGAUUCCGCUGGUGGUUGGUUUGGGAGGGUUGAUACAGGUAUUGCAUAAGUUGAUGAACCAGGACAAUAGGGUCCAUUAUAUCCAUAGGAACUAA